AUGGACUUAAACAACAUGUCGCGAGAGGUUGUGCGCGACGAGUGGCUUGACAUUUUCCACGGAUACGGCGCUGAAGGCAUGCAGGCUCCGCAGCCAAAGGCGGAUCGAUUCUCCAGCUCGUAUAGUGCUAGAGACAGCCGGAGAGCGCCUCGGACGGAGAACAUGGCUUCAGCCAUCAACGCGCGCGAAAACGCUCGUGUCCAGAUCGGUGACAAUUAUUAUUACAGCAACACGAAUGCGACUCCCAAUCAACCGAUAUCAUUAUCGUCGCCGCGGUCCUCGAGAACCCGGGGCGGACCACAGAGCCAUCAGCGGGGACUGGAGGUAUUCGAAGAUGACUAUAACCCAUACGAAGAGCGCCGUGUCUACAACGCCGAACACUACAACGGUCAGCAUGCCUCCAGCACCUUUCCGUCACUCCCCGGAAUACCAGCGCCAGAAACGAGAAACGACUUCAAAAUCGCCAUCCUGUGCGCCCUCCCGCUCGAAGCAGACGCAGUCGAGGCGCUAUUCGACCGUCGGUGGGACGAUGACGGCGACAGAUUCGGGAAAGCCUUGGGAGAUCCGAAUGCCUACUCGACUGGAGUGAUUGGGGCGCACAAUGUUGUGUUGGUCUACAUGCCCGGGAUGGGGAAGAGCCACGGGGCCGCUGUCGCUGCGCACUGCCGGUCAAGCUUCCCGGGAAUCAGCCUGGCCCUCGUCGUAGGGAUCUGUGGAGGCGCACCAUCUACGGCUGAGGGGAGAGAGAUUAAUCUUGGAGAUGUUAUUAUAAGCAGUGGAUUGGUCCAGCAUGACUUUGGGCGGCAAGGCAUGGAUGGAUUCGUCAGGAAGGAUACCGUGCUGGAUAACCUUGGCCGGCCAAACCUUGAAAUUCGGUCGUUAAUGAGCAAGCUACAGGGUCGGGGCGGUCGUAAGAGGCUGAGGGAGAGAUUGCAAGAGCAUCUCUCUGUCGUUACUGCUGAAAUCGGUGCAGAAUUAGGGUAUGAGGACUGGUCCGGGAUAGGGGCAGCUCAGCCUGCCGUUCACAUUGGACUGGUGGCAUCGGGUGACCAAGUCAUGAAAUCAGAGGAAGUGCGUAAUAGGCUCAUAAAUGAAGAGGAUGUCAUUGCAUUCGAGAUGGAGGCAGCAGGAGUCUGGGAUACGUUUCCUUGCAUUGUUAUCAAGGGUGUCGCGGACUACGCAGACCGCCAUAAAACAAAGAACUUGCAGAGGCAUGCUGCGGCUACUGCGGCUGCCUGUGCAAAGGCCUUUCUGGAGUUCUGGUCAUAG